AUGAAGCUCGUUGCUCUGUCUACCGCUCUGCUGGCGAUCGCCCAGAAUGCGUACGCUCUGCCCGUUGAGACUGAAGAGGCUUCUGCUCUUGACAUCACCCUGAGCCAUGUCAGCGACACCCGUAUUAAGGCCGUGGUGAAGAACACUGGUAGCGAGGAUGUUACUUUCGUGCACCUCAACUUCUUCCGCGACAGUGCUCCCGUCAAGAAAGUCGAAGUCCUGAAGGAUGAUGCCGAGGUCACCUUUGAGGGUAUUAAGCGUCGGUUCAGAACCGAAGGUCUCACCGACGAAGCUCUUACCUCGCUUGCUGCUGGAGAGACAUUCGAAGAUGAGUUCGAUAUCGCCAGCACCGCCGAUCUGUCAAGUGGAGGCCCUCUCACUCUUCGCUCGAACGGCCUGGUUCCCAUUGUGGUCGAUGGCGCAGUCACUGGCUACCUGCCAUACCGCUCCAACGAUCUCAAGAUCGAAGUCGAUGGCACCAAAGCAUCCCGUGUCCUGAAGGCCAUCAAGCCUCUCGACCGCCGUACCGUCGAAUCCUGCAGCAACGCAAGCAGGAAGUCUGCUCUUGACAAGGCUUUGUCAAACACCGUCAGCCUUGCAACUGCUGCCGCGAAUGCCGCGCUGUCUGGAUCUGCCAGCAAGUUCAACGAGUACUUCAAGACCACUAGCACUGCUACACGCCAGGUCGUCGCUGCUCGUCUUAAGGCCGUUGCAAAGGAGGCUUCUUCCACUACCUCCGGCUCCACCAGACACUAUUGCACUGAUGUCUAUGGCUACUGCGAGACCAAUGUCCUGGCCUAUACCUUGCCAUCGCUGAACGUGAUCGCCAACUGUGACAUCUACUACUCUUACCUUCCUGCCUUGACCGGCACUUGCCACAGCCAGGAUCAGGCCACCACCACCCUUCACGAAUUGACCCACGCACCUGGAGUGUACAGCCCCGGUACCGAAGACAAUGGAUACGGAUACGCUGCCGCAACUGCUCUGAGCAGCUCCGCGGCCGUCCUGAACGCCGACUCGUACGCUCUGUACGCGAAUGCCAUCUACCUUGGUUGCUAA